CAGCAGCAUAUACAUAUGUUAAUGGAAGAAGGCAUCAAAGAGGGGGCAAGCAAAGCAGCGGGAGCGGCGGCCACCGAAGCAGGCGAGGCGAACAAGAGCACGACGGCGAUGUCGGACGUGACGUUCAAGAGCAUCGGCGACGUGCUGAAGCUGCUGCCGACGGCGACGGUGAUCGUGUACGAGGUGCUGAACCCGAUCGCGACCAACGCGGGCGACUGCGGCGGCGCUGCCGCCGGGUACAAGGUCGCCACGGGGGUGCUGCUGGGGCUCUCCGCCUUCUUCUGCGCCUUCUCGACCUUCACCGACAGCUACGUGGGCGCCGACGGCAAGGUCAAGUACGGCCUCGUCACGCCCCGGGGCCUCCUCCCAUUCAACGACGGCGGCGGCGGCGGCGGGGCGGCGAGGAGGGACUUCUCCAGGUACCGGCUGGGGUUCCCGGACUUCGUGCACGCCGCCUUCGCCGUCGCCGUGUUCGCGGCGGUCUCCCUGCUGGCCGACGCCAACACCGUGGCGUGCUUCUACCCGUCGCUCAGGGACCAGCAGAAGAAGGUGGUCAUGGCGCUCCCCGUCGUCGUCGGCGCCGUCGCCAGCGUCGUCUUCGCCCUCUUCCCCUCCACGCGCCACGGGAUCGGGUACCCGCCGUCCAAGCCCGAGGCGAGCGCGCUCGUCGCGUCGCAGUAGCGCGCGGCGCCGACGAGAGUCGGGGUCGAGAGCUCCAUUGGUUUCGCGCGAAGUUGUUUGUAUCUAUAAAUACGUACCUCUGUGCAUACGUCAUGCGUGUAUCAGUGUAUGUAUGCGUGACGUUUUCCCACGCUUGCUUUCAUCGUCUGACCUGACCAGUCCCUCCAAAAUCACUGUGACCCAGAGCAAGGCAGCCAGCUUCACCUGGUUCGGCUUAAUACACUUUUGUAUGGAUUUUCUUUUCUAUCUUUAUCUAUUACAUUAACAUACAGAGUAUUAAUA